GAAAAAAGCCGCGACGGUACAUCAGCAGUUCCCCGAUCUGUCGUGACACACGCGAGAGAGUCAACACAACGAGAUUCUCGGUUCUUCUAUAUGGGACGAACACGCGUGCUCCUCGAUACCGCGAAGGGAACUACGGUAGUGAGGGACAUCGCGGCAGUUCGCGAUCCGAAAAGGGCCGCGAAUGCGGGACCUCAAUAAAUAAUCGACAUACAUUCCGUCACGAACUUUAGACUUUCGGUGUUUUUUUAUUCUUUCUCUUAUCGAUUUGAGCUGUGAUUGUUGUCCGACAGAUCCCUCUCCGCUUUUCUUCAGCACUUUCAUUCAUGAUUUACGGUUAAAGCGUUCGCGAUUAUCGCGAAUAAGUGAGUUUGCAUCAGUGACGGAACUUUUGAUUCGAAGAGAAAUGACUCUGUCCCUGCAUGCGCGCCGAUAGGAGAGACGGCGCGAAGAUUGUAUAAGAUAUUGAAGAGGAACAUCCUUGUCAUUGUUGAUCCGGCCGAGAACGCAGGCGAUAAUUAUAAGUUGCCAUUUAUGCUCUGACGUACAUGAUGAUCACAGAAACGAAGCUAUGGUCGAACAUUUUUCUCUCCGUCAACAAAAAAGAUAUUCUUGCGGGUCUGGCUGCACAUUCCGGUCAGAUUUCCGUGGGAUUGGCUCAAGGAUAUAGCGCAAUCCUCAUCCCGAAGCUCUUCGAGUCAGAUUUUGCAGACCAGUCGCAGGCCUCAUGGAUCGCCUCCCUCGGCGUUGUCUCGAAUCCCCUCGGCGCCGUCGUCGCCGGAUUUUGCUCCGAAUUCUUCGGCCGCAGAUCCGCGAUCGCCCUAGCCACGCUACCGCACAUCGCCGGCUGGCUACUGAUUGCGCUAUCAGAGAACGUGCCGAUGUUAUAUGCCGGUAGAUUCAUUAGCGGCAUCGGCAGCGGUAUGGCCAACGGACUCUAUCUCUAUGUCAGCGAGACAGCUGCGCCAGAUCAAAGAGCUUGGCUCGCGAGUUGCGGACCGAUCCUCGUCUCCUUGGGCGUUUUGAUAGUGUACACCUUGGGUGCCAUCACAACGUGGCAAAAGGCGGCGGCUAUCAGCAUCGGACCAGCGAUUUUGUCGCUCGCAUUAACGCGGAUGCUCCCGGAAACUCCCGCCUGGCUGAUCUCGAGAGAUCGAACAGACGAGGCUAAAGAGGCUCUUCUGUGGUUACGUGGGCCCGGGUUUAACGUCGAUAAAGAGUACCAAGAUCUUUGCGACGCGAACACGAAACGAAAGGAAAAGGAGAAGAAUCUACUGCGGGCGCUGCAUAUGCCCAACGUAUGGAAACCGUUCCUGAUAUUGCUCAUCUUCUUCACGCUCCAACAACUGUCUGGAAUUUAUAUAAUUCUGUUUUACGCCGUGAGCGUACUCGAAAACAUCGGCAUAGACAUAAACGAGUAUGUGGCCAGCGUCGGCAUGGGUGUCAUUAGGCUUUUCGCGUCGAUUCUCGGCGCCGGACUAGCCAACAUCUUCGGCAGGAAGAGUCUAGCCUUCGUUAGCGGUUUCGGAAUGGCUAUCACAUCUAUGGGAAUUGCUCUUUCCCUUCGAUUCCAACUUCCAUCGUGGAUACCACUAUUCUGCAUCGGGACUCAUGUGGGCGCGUCUAUGAUCGGUUUUCUCACAUUACCGUGGGUCAUGACCUCAGAGUUGUUUCCAUUAAGAUUCAGGGGCAGCUUAGGCGGUUUUACGACCAGCAUCGUGCAGAUGCUGACAUUCGCCACGAUAAAAAUGUAUCCGGAUCUGAAUGCAAUUGUCGGCCCGGAGAUUACGAUGUGGAUAUUCGGAGCGGCCGGUCUAUUAGGUGCCAUCUUCGCUCUAACGAUAUUGCCGGAGACUCGAGGACGCAGCCUCGACGAUAUCGAAAUGAAGUUCUCCCGCAAGUCGAACGAUAGCUCAACAAACGCUUGCAAGAUUUUCUCCAACGUGUGGUCGCAGCCAAAGAACAUUACUCUCAAGCGAUUCGUGUCAAUCUCGGAGGACAAGCCAUCGAAUAUCAUCACGAACGCGUAUACUUAUGACAACUUCUGUCUGGAACUGUCGUCAGAAAAUCUGGAAAAAAAUACCAAAAUCAUCGAGAAAGAACCAACUCAGGAUCAACGAGUUAUGACUAGCAUUGCAAUCGAACACGCAUAUAUUUAAUAAAAAAAGUUUUUCAUGAAGAAAUUUUUUUACAUGGAGAAAUAAUUUGUAUGUGAUUUUACGAUAUGUUAAGUUACAUAUACGUCUCUCUUCCUCUCUCUGUCUUUCUUCGAAAAAUGUAUAUUUAUUUAUUUUGUACUAGUAAGCCGAGAGUUACGUUGAUUCUUGUGAUUUUAAUUAUGCAAUGUAAAUUUAUUGCUUCGUAUUUUAUAUUUUACCGAUAAAAAUGUUCCUUUAAUAUUAUGAACAUUCCUAAAAGAAUGGUAUAAGAUGGUAAAAGAUAAAUUGUUAAUAAGUUUUUAUAGUAAAUAUAUAAACUCAGAAUAUACAUGUUUUUUGUAAACUUAUGUAAAUAUGUGUAUGUUAAAGAGACAUUUUUUUCGUAUAAUUUCCUUAAUUUGUUAUUAUUUAAUUUCUAAUUAUGCAUUCUUUUGCACAGAUUUUUUUGUACAAAUAUUUUUCUAUAUACAUACAGUAUUUAAAUAAGUUUUAUUU